GUUUAAUAAACUCUCUAUCCUUGGUGUCUUCUCGAGCUGCACGGCGACGGCGACAGCGGCAGCAGCGAGGAACCCAGGCACUCAUAUGCGGCAACUCAGUGACCCGGUCAGCACUCUGUACGAGUUUCCUUGGGACACAUACGUGGAGAACCUAGCCGUCCGACCAAACGGCCAGAUUCUCGUCAACCCACUCACGCUUCCUCAGCUCUAUCUUGUAGAGCCCCGGCUCCCUGGAGAGAUCUUCCUCGUCUACGAAUUUCCCGAGAUUCUUGGCCUCAGCGGCAUCGUCGAGUACCAGCCAGACGUCUUCGCGGUGGUCACGGGGAACUUCUCAUUAUCCACAGGCGACUCAGGUGCUGGAACAUGGGCUGUCUGGAGCAUCGACCUGGGCGGUGUGAACAUCACCUCGAACGAUACUGUGCUCUCCGAUCCGCCGCAGGUGAAGAAGAUCGCCGACAUACCAGAAGCAACCUUUUUGAACGGCCUGACCGUGCUGUCGAGUGCUGCGAAGCAACUUCUCCUCGUGGGUGACGUGAAGGCCGGGACCAUCUACAGCUUGGAUCCUGACACUGGCCAUUAUGCUGUGGCGAUCAACAACACUUACACGGCGGCGGCAGAUCUGUACGCUUUUGGAACAGCGGGAACAGAUGGCAUGAAGGUUCGAGACGAGAUUCUAUAUUUCGACAACCCAGGGCAGGGCAUCCUUGUCAAAGUCCCUCUCGAUGCGAAGAAUGGUACGCCGGCGGGAGACUUUGAAGUCAUCGCCAAGACGAUCACGUCGUAUGAUCAGUGGGAUGAUUUCACGUUUGACUGCGAGGGAAACAUCUUCAUGGCGACAGGAGGGGCGGAUACAGUCCAGAGGAUCGACGACAAGGGACAUGUCCAGAUCAUUGCUGGAAACUUGAACUCGACAGCCAUCUCCGAAGCAACGUCUACAAAAUUCGGAAGACGUGAGGAUGAUGCUGAUGUCUUGUAUGUUACGACUGGUGGCGGUGCCGCAACGCCAGUAAAUGGCGAUAUCGUCAUUGGAGGUCAGGUGCUGGCGAUCAAGACGGGGACCAAAGGCUCCUUUUGCUAGUUGACGUAACCAUAGCGUAAAAGGGGAAUAUAAUAUUCAAUCCUCCCUUGUCAAGCUUUGG